AUGUCCAGUUCGGACUUCUCCGAGAACGAUCCCUUUCAGGAGGAUCCCGAUCCUGGCCCCGACAUGCUGGCUGACACAGCUUCGACUUCCUCAAGUUACCGGCGCACGAGCAUUUGCUUGCUUGCCCGCAGCGGCGCAGCUUCACGGACAGCAGAGGCAGAGCUCCUCACCUCUCAACUUCAGCAGCAGGGCAUCGUACCAGCACCAGGUCUCCCUCUCUCCCAGCUUCGUGAGCUCUCGGACCAAGUCCCACUCGUCGCUCCCCAGCCCAUGCCAGCAGCUCCAGCCGGCCUCUCUGACAGACCAGGGCGCGGGCGCGGACGCGGGCGCGGGGGUAAAAGAACAAGAAAGUCGAGCCCUCCAGCAGCUCCUCCCUCAAAGAAGACAACUCCUUCCCAGCCUCGCCCCAUCGCUGACCAGCCCGUAAGCACUUUCAACCAGCCAUACAUGGAUAACAGCUUGGCCAACACCCUGCAAUCCCUGGCCGAUUCCAUGCAGAGAAUCGACACUCGCCUCCAGUCCCUGGAAAGGGUUUCAGCCGAAGCCUCCACUUCAGCAACCACCAGGGCCGUACUUUCUGCCAUGGCGCAGCCAGUGCUCACGCCGGGUCAGGCCCUUUCAGUCCCACACACAGAUGUCUCCCCUCAUUCUCUGGCUUCUGCCAUCCCACCCCCUCCUUCAGGUAGGCCUUACAUCCCCCAAGCUGCUAAUAUUUCCCCCCGGCUCAGGGCAAAAAUACUUCAAGGGCAGGAUAUUAACCUGGUCAGCCUUAUCCUACCUUUCCCCGAGUGUGACAAAUCCAUCGCCACCGGGGGAAACAUCACAGCAGUGUUCAAAUCAUCAGACCCCCGUCUCAACAGAGACCUUUCCAUAGGCCAGUUCCUGGUUGCAUUCGGCAUAUAUCGUGAAGUAAUAUGUUCAGUCUACCCGGGAAGGAGGCAAGAACUAGACGCUUAUCUGGGUCUGAUCGGCGAUCUUAAUCUCAAAUACGGGAAAAGUGUGUUCUACGCUUAUCACAAGAGCUUUUCAAGCAAAGCCGCCCUCCACAUAGCUCACUCAAACAUCCGUCUGGACUGGUCCAUGCUGGACACCGAGCUGCUCGUGAUGACUACAGGCGGCCACCAAGUCAUCUCGUGCAACAGCUGCGGGACCCCGGGCCACCUCUCCCCUUUCUGCCCUUCAGUGCCUCUCUCUGCCUUCAAAGCCCCUUCUGCGUUUCAAGCCCCAAAUGACAGACAAGGCCGUCAGUUUCUGCAAGGACUCGCACCCGAGGUCUGUGUGCCCCAGGCGCGGCGGCCGUCCCAAGAUCCCUGCCCUGCUUCAGAAACCUCCUGGCGGGAAAAUCUUCUGAACAUUCACCCCUCCACUCCAAUUAACAUAACACACUUAGCAGCCGUCCUAUCUACUCACCCAGAUCCCAUGUUCGUUGACUAUCUCCUCUCAGGGCUUUCCCAAGGCUUCAGGUGUUGCACCAGCCCAAUAGGAGUAGCCACUCGCAAAUACUCAGAGAAAAAAAGGAUCAUUUAUGAUCUGUCUGCACCACGCUCAGGCCCCUUUUCCAGCGUCAAUAGCCUCAUCCCAUCGCCAUUCUCCCUUCACUACGCCUCGGUCGACAACGCUAUUAAGUUAAUUAAAUUCGCCGGCCAAGGAGCCUGGCUCUCCAAAGCAGACAUCACCGAUGCUUUCAAAAUCAUUCCCAUUCAUCCGUCCCAGUGGAACAUGUUCGGCAUCAGGUGGGAGUCCAAGCUCUACUUCGCCGUCCGCCUCACUUUCGGGUGCAGAAGUAGCCCAUGCAUCUUCAAUUCCUUCUCCGAGGCUCUUUGUUGGAUCCUGCUGAACGUUGUCAGAAUCCCAUCCGUUGUUCACCUGCUGGAUGAUUUUCUCCUCAUAGAUCCCCCAUGGGACAACUCAGGCGCUUCCCUGCUUAAACUGAAACACUGUUUCCAAGAGCUAGGCGUCCCCCUAUCCACGGAGAAAACCAUAGGCCCCGACACAAGUUUGGAGUUUCUGGGCAUCACUCUCAACUCCAUAGAGAUGAAAGCGUCUCUCCCCAAUGACAAACUGCAGCGCAUACGCGACAUCACGAAGUCCUACUGUGCGCAACACAUCAUCACUAAACAGCAGCUGCUCUCCCUCCUCGGGCACCUCAAUUUCGCCAUGCGCGUCAUCCCACAGGGACGCUCAUUCAUCUCCCGCCUCCUGGACGCAGCAUCAGCUGUAAAAAACCUUCACGAUCAUGUUCCCUUAGAUGAAGGAUGCCGCUCAGACCUACGCUUCUGGUCCCUCCUGCUCGACCAAUGGAACGGUGUCACUUUCUUCUACAAUGACAUAGUGCACUCCUCAGACUCAAUGAGGCUCUUCACGGAUGCCGCCCCAUCCGCUGGUUUUGGGGGUUUCUUUCAGGGAGAGUGGUUCGCAGGUCCCUGGUCCCUCUCCUUCCCUAAUCAUGCCACAUCCUCUGCCCUGCACGAGAUCUACCCAAUUGCAGUAGCUUGCUAUGUGUGGGGCCACCUCUGGCUCCGGAAACGCAUUUCAGUGUUAUGCGAUAACCAAGCAGUGGUCGGGAUCAUUAAUAAAGCGCGCUCUCCCUGCCCGGACAUUAUGCCAUUCAUGAGAAGCGUCACGUGGUCUUCCAUCACCCACAACUUCAUUAUCUCAGCCCGUCAUGUUCCCGGCCACCUCAACGUAAUCGCUGACUCCCUCUCUCGCUUUCACUUUCAGACAUUCCGGAACCUCUGCCCAGAAGCCAGGCUGCAACCUGUCGGGAUUCCCCCUCUUCAUCUCCUUUCCCUCUUCUAAACACAAGCCCCUUAGUUAGGCACCUCGAGUCCGCCAGGUU